UCGGCGAGUCCGGCCCGGGCCCCCGGAAGUGGGGCGGUGUGUGAGGGGCGGCGUGUGAGGAGGGGCGUUGAGGCGGCGCCAUGGCCACCUUCAUCUCGGUGCAGCUGAAGAAGACGUCGGAGGUGGACCUGGCGAAGCCGCUGGUGAAGUUCCUGCAGCAGACCUACCCGGCCGGGGAGGAGCAGGCCCAGGCCUGCCAGGCCGCCGAGCACCUCAGCAAGCUCCGCAGGGCCGCCCUCGGCCGGCCCCUCGACAAGCACGACGGAGCCCUCGACACCCUCCUCAGGUACUAUGAUCAGAUUUGUUCCAUUGAGCCCAAGUUUCCAUUUUCUGAAAAUCAGAUCUGCUUAACUUUUACGUGGAAAGAUGCCUUUGAUAAAGGAUCACUUUUUGGGGGCUCUGUGAAAUUGGCUCUUGCAAGCUUGGGCUAUGAAAAGAGCUGUGUGUUGUUCAACUGUGCAGCGUUAGCUAGCCAGAUCGCCGCAGACCAGAACCUGGAUAACGAUGAAGGUUUGAAAGCUGCCGCUAAGCAUUAUCAGUUUGCAAGUGGAGCCUUUUUGCAUAUUAAAGAGACAGUUUUGUCUGCCCUGAAUCGAGAGCCUACCGUGGACAUCUCUCCAGACACAGUCGGGACUUUGAGUCUUAUUAUGCUGGCGCAAGCCCAGGAAGUAUUUUUCCUAAAAGCCACGAGAGAUAAAAUGAAAGAUGCGAUCAUAGCUAAACUGGCCAAUCAAGCUGCAGAUUAUUACGGUGAUGCUUUCAAACAGUGUCAGUACAAGGAUACUCUGCCCAAGUAUUUUUAUUUCCAGGAGGUGUUUCCCGUCCUGGCUGCAAAGCAUUGCAUAAUGCAGGCCAAUGCUGAAUAUCACCAGUCUAUCCUGGCCAAGCAGCAGAAAAAAUUUGGCGAAGAGAUUGGGAGACUGCAGCAUGCAGCGGAGUUGAUUAAAACAGUGACCUCCCGCUACGACGAAUACGUAAACGUGAAAGACUUGUCCGACAAAAUCAACCGCGCGCUGGCCGCGGCGAAGAAGGACAACGACUUCAUUUACCACGAUCGGGUGCCAGACCUCAAAGACCUCGAUCCUAUCGGCAAAGCCUCCCUCGUGAAAUCGACCCCUGUCAACGUCCCUCUUAGUCAGAAGUUCUCAGACCUGUUUGACAAGAUGGUCCCCGUGGCGGUGCAACAGGCCCUGUCCGCCUAUAAUCAGCGGAAGGCCGAAUUGGUAAACAGAUCAAUAGCUCAAAUGAGAGAGCCCACCAAUUUUGCCAAUGGGGUGUUGGCUUCCCUCAACCUUCCUGCGGCGAUCGAGGACGUAUCCGGCGAUACUGUUCCGCAGUCUAUUUUGGUCAAGUCCAAAGCUGUGAUCGAGCAGGGGGGUAUUCAGACCGUCGAUCAGUUGAUCAAAGAUCUGCCUGAGCUACUACAAAGAAAUAGAGAAAUCUUGGAUGAGUCUUUAAGAUUGUUGGAUGAGGAGGAAGCCACUGACAACGAUCUGAAGGCAAAAUUCAAAGAACGUUGGCAGAGAACACCAUCCAGCGACCUGUACAAGCCUUUGAGGGCAGAGGGAAGUAACUUCCGCACGGUUUUGGACAAAGCCGUGCAAGCAGACGGGCAGGUUAAGGAACGCUAUCAGUCCCACCGUGAUACCAUUGCACUUCUCUGUAAGGCCGAGCCUGAACUGAAUGCUGCUAUACCUUCCGCUAAUCCAGCGAAAACUCUGCAGGGCAGUGAGGUUGUGAACGUCCUCAAAUCCUUACUGAGCAAUCUGGACGAAGUUAAGAAGGAAAGGGAAAACCUGGAAAACGAGCUGAAGUCAGUCAAUUUUGACAUGACGAGCAAGUUUCUGACUUCCUUGGCUCAGGAUGGCGCAAUAAACGAAGAGGCGAUUUCGGUCACGGAACUGGACCGGAUCUACGGAGGGCUCACCCACAAAGUUCAGGAGUCUGUGAAAAAGCAGGAGGAACUCUUAAGCAGCAUUCAGGUCUCACACCAAGAAUUUUCCAAGAUGAAGCAGUCGAAUAACGAAGCUAAUCUGAGGGAGGGAGUGCUGAAGAACCUAGCUACAGCCUAUGACAACUUCGUGGAACUCGUUGCCAAUUUGAAAGAAGGCACCAAGUUUUAUAACGAGCUGACGGAAAUCCUGGUCAAGUUCCAGAACAAAUGCAGUGAUAUUGUAUUCGCCCGGAAGACCGAGAGAGAUGAGCUCCUAAAGGACUUGCAGCAAAGCAUUGCCCGGGAACCCAGUGCCCCCUCCAUCCCCACGCCAGCAUAUCAAGCCACGCCAGCCGGCGGAAACACCUCGACCCCUCCCACUCCAGCGCCAAGAACCACGGUGCCUCCCAAGCCACAGCCUCCAGCCCGGCCUCCCCCGCCUGUGAUCGCGGCCAAUCGCCCCACGCCCGGUGCCACGGCCCCCGCGGCGACCGCUACGGCCCCGUCGCCGGCCCCUGGGUCCGCUCCUGCCGGUUCUGCUCCCUCUCAGGCCCAAGGACCACCGUACCCCACCUAUCCAGGAUACCCCGGGUAUUGCCAGAUGCCCAUGCCAAUGGCCUACAACCCUUACAUGUACGGCCAGUAUAACGUGCCGUUCCCGCCAGUGUACCAUCAGAGCCCCGGCCAGGCCGCGCCGUACCCGGGACCCCAGCAGCCGUCCUACCCUUACCCCCAGCCCCCGCAGCAGCCUUACUACCCGCAGCCAUAAUUCGCCGACAGAGCCGGCCCGCUUGUCCACAUCACCAAACACUCGCAAUAAGUAGACUAAAACUUUAGCUCCGGUCAGUGUAUCGUACCGUACUGAAUGCAGUCUAUAAUUUCCGUCUCCGGUUAGAGGGUCGAAACGCUGUGCCCGUAGUCCUGUGUCUGAUUGCAUUUCUCGAGGGUCCCUGCUGCCGCCACACUAGCUACAAUAUACUUGAAUUAAAUCGCAUUACAGAUCGCGGUGUAUGGAGAGGAGAGACAGUACAGGAGACAGAUGUGCGGAAACUGUCCCAACGCGAGGAGAGAGGGGCAUCGGGUAUUUAAAAAUGACAGCUUAAAUACCGACGCUCCACGAGACUACGUAGGAUUUUUCUUCUAUAUUGCCUCGGUUUGUAUCUGGUUUCGUUCUCAACACGCUAUUUUGUGUAACAAUCGAGGCCCUGCAAAUCGAAAAUAAAUUUAAGUUUAAAUUAAAAAAUAUGGGUACCUAAAGCCAGCUUUUUUAUUUUGCCAUGCUCAUCAUUAUGCAGUUUUUAUUCUGGAUGUCUAGUUUUUUUUUUCUUUUUGUGUUUUUUCUUCGGGGGCGGGGUGAAGGGGCAAGUUUGGCACGUGAGCUGUGCUGUUAAGACGGCUUCUGAACUGCAUUAGAGAAACUACCACAAGAGUGACCUAUGAUUUAUAGUUUAGUAUCUUUGGUAUGACUAUCCAGUAAAGUCAUAUCGACAACUUUUUUUUUUCCUAUUAAUCCUACAGUAUAGAAGAAGCUGUUGCUACCAAAGAAUCUUAAAAUAACUUUAUUGUUUAGCGGAGAGGUUGAUUAAGUAUUUUGUAACUGGCAUCUCCAUUUCUCGAUGAUUAUUUUUGGUGGUUGGUGGGGGGCGGGCGGGAAGGGGGUGUUUCAAGUGACUGUGUAAACUACUACUUGUACAUUACGCCGCUGUCAAAUACAAAGGAAUUGCUUGGAGUGUUUAUGGUUGUUUUCUCUCCUCCCUUUCUCUCCGCCAACCGCCAACACCUUUAACUUAAAGGAAAAGUUUAUGGGCGUAUAUUUAAAAUGCCUCUGAAUCGCUUUUCAUUGUUAACGCUAGUAAAAAAAAAAUGGGAUAACGGAGGGUGCGGACAUUAUGCAAGACGAUUAUUGGAACCUAGGCUUAAUGAGGAGUUGGCCAUAUAUUCAACGUUUAAUGGCCUCCGAUCAUUGCAUAAAUCGCAGUAUAAACAAUAAAGGAGGAGAUACACCAGGAGACAGGGAAUGAAAGGGAACACGGGCCUGAUCCUUGAUGUAGCAGUGAGCAUUUUCUAGAAAGAGGUUCAGGUUCACAUGUAAAUUUGCUUUAGGUACAUGUAAAGACCUCCAGACUAAGGCUACAUGUAGUCUGCCUUCUUAAUUACCUCAAAACUCGCUUCCCCAUCCCCUUUCCUCAGGGUGCUGGCAGACCUGCCCUUCUGGCUUUGUUGUUAAGCUAAAAAACUACCUGCGGAAAAUCCAUUUUAUCAUUGUAUUUUUCUUUUCUGUCUUUACUAACUCUGCAUUUUGAUUAAAGCUUAGGGUGAGGGAGGUCAAAUGGCUACGGAAAAUUAGAAAACUUAUUUCAUGUUGUGAGGCGGAAACAGAACAUGCUACUUUUGUGUAAAUUAGUUGAAUUGGGAAUCUGGAAUUACUAAUUAUUAAUUUUACGUGGAGCAGCGAAGAGAUCAGGUAGGAAAAAAAAAUAUUCUCCAGCAUCUGUGGCUCUGACAUCAGUAAAGUGUGACACAGGCGGCCCCCAAGACCUUUGGGGGUUCCUUGAGCAAAGUGCAUUUAAUAGCAUAAGGACGUCCCGCAUUUGGAUUAACCAGUAUUGGUGGCAAAAUCUCAAAACACAGUGUACAGUUUCCCUGAGGCUCUCCAAACUGACCGUCUUGGAGAACUCGGGCAAGUGAGGGCUUGCCUGAAUUUUUCCCCCACUCAAUAAAGGGAGAAUCAGGGAAAUGAGUUGUAGGUCUCAGUCUUUUCCCUUCCUCUUCUGUAUCUCUUCCCCACAGAACUUCCCCCGGUUUAUAGUCAGGGCGCGUAUCCGACUUGCUGAGAAUAUUUUCUAUUUUCCAGUUUUCCAAGGUAUUAGCUAGUCCAUUUUCAUCAUGAGUAGAACAUGUUAAAAAGAGCGAAUGGGAAAAAUAGUUAAAUAAAAGCAACUUUGAGGAAUGCCACCGAAUGGGCCCCUCAGGCUGAAAAUAACCAUCAGUAAUACUCCGUUCUGAAUGAACAGUUGUACCCCGUGCCCCUGAAACUUCCCCCUCCCCCUAAGGCAGUACAAAGUGAACACAGGGUUUUCCUAAUUUCAUCAUGAGUAGGUCAUGUUAGACGGAAUCAAAAGCUUUAUUAAUAGAUCAGGGCAAACUUAAUAUUUCAGACUGUCACAGAAGGCAGGUAGGUUAGUCCGACUUUAUUUUUUCAGAGCUUGAUAAUUUUUUAAACCUAAUACCGUGUGGCUAUCUUUUUGGAUGAUAUGCGCUGUCUGGUUUUUUUAAAUUUUUUUUUUCCUCCCAAGUAAAAAAAAAAAAAAUGGAAUUUUUCAUUGCCAGUUUUGGACACCUCACAGCCUUUCACGAGUUUUAGAGACACCUGCUGAUGUCUUCACGGUUUACAUCAGCCAGUUUCAUAAAGCACCGUAAGAUCUGAAGUGUGUGUACUCUUUAGACGUUGAUACUGCCAAUUUGAAAACUUUUUCUGUGGUUUCCUGCCUUUUUCUAUAAUUGCUGGCUCCAGCAGGUGGGUCACCGUACGACUCGCUUUGUGAGGAUGAGGAAAAAAAAGGUGUUGGAAAAUCUGUUUUUUUUCCCCCCAAAGUUUUUCCCUUCCUGUCUGAUAUAAGGGCACCAUUUUGCUUUGUGCUUUAACUGAAUGUAUUUCAAGGCCCUUUUUCUGUUUUCUUUGAUUUUCUAAGUUUCCUCUUGUUUCUUGCUUUGGGUUGUCUGAGCUUUCGACGUACGGUUAUCGACGGACAGUAAAGAGGUUGGAAGCGGCAGCAGAAUUCAAGCCACUCACAGGUUAGGGUGGACAGUUGUUAAAUUGAGAAUCUCACUUUAGUCUUUGGUUGGGGAUUAGCCUAUUGAUUGGGACGAGCAAUGCCGAUCGGGAAAAGCAAAGGAGGCAACUUUCACUUUAAAACGAUUAAGUUGAGGGUUAUUUUCUGGAACUGCUAAGGUCUUUUAAAAAAGGCAAAAAUCCUGCAUUGUCACAUCAGAGAUUUCCAGUUCUGUGUCUGACGAUCAACACCGCCGAUGAUUUCGAAUGAUUGUGUUUUCCUUGUAAGCAUUUCCUUUAGGUAAACGCUAAGAAACUAAAAGGUUCCAGGUGACUGUGCCCCAGAAAUAAAAGUUGAAAUAUUCUUUA